UCGACUCCUCCACGCAUCGUCCGCGCGCUGACUCGAGACUCCACGACUCGACACCUUUAGCCGCCGACGGCUUUUGGGGUGGGGAGGAGGAGGAGGGAGGAGAAGGGGAUAGCGAACUCUUCGAAUAUCUCGACUCGAUCCGUGACUUGCAGACUGUAGCCUGUAGACGGUGUUCGUUCAUUUCUCGCCGUCCGUCUCUCUCUGUCUCUCUCUGUCUUUCUGUCUCUUUCUGUCUUUCUUUCUCUGUCUGUCUUUCUCUCUCUCUGUCUUUCUUUCUCUGUAUUUCUCUCUCUCUCUCUCGCUGUCUUUCGUCAUCCUCUCGCCGAGACGAACCCUGCCCCCGAGACGUCGUUAAGCCGGUCAAGAGCGGGCUAAAGUCGCGAUUAAUUCUCGGCUCAGGACAAUCCCGGCAUAAUCUACGCACCUCGCGGCGCGUCUCCGCCGCACAAUACCGGCAUCAUCAGCACCGCCGCAGCCGCAGCAGCCGCCGCCUUUGCAAUCGACACAUUUCAUCAAGCCAUCAUCAUCAUCAGCAGCAGCAUCGGCGUUGACUUCCUCACCUCGCCUUACAUGGACGAACCGGCACUGCCGCGCAUCCGCUGAAGUCGUCGAGUCCACUCUGCGUGUUGUUGUUUGUCGCUGUCGCUGCUGCUGCUGCUGUUGAUCGCCUGCAAGCGACGAUGUCUCUAAAUCUGCAAGCGCACCGAGCGGGCAACUCCGAGCUCAUCCUGCCCGAAGCCCGCGCUCAGGACGCUAGAGAGACGGAGAAGGCGCAGGCGGGCAAGGCGGACGAGGCGGGGGGCGAGGAUCCGUCCAAGAAGAAGCGGCAGCGGCGGCAGCGGACGCACUUCACGUCGCAGCAGCUGCAGGAGCUGGAGGCGACCUUCCAGCGCAACCGCUACCCGGACAUGUCCACGCGGGAGGAGAUCGCGGUGUGGACCAACCUCACCGAGGCGCGCGUCCGGGUGUGGUUCAAGAACCGUCGCGCCAAGUGGCGGAAACGUGAGCGGAACCAGCAUGCGGAGCUUUGCAAGAACGGCUUCGGCCCCCAGUUCAACGGACUCAUGCAGCCCUACGAUGACAUGUACUCGGGAUACUCGUACAACAACUGGGCGGCCAAGAGUCUCACCUCCAACCCGCUCUCCUCCAAGAGCUUCCCCUUCUUCAACUCCAUGAACAUGAACGCCGCUCUCUCGUCGCAGAGCGUCUUCUCGUCUCCGGGCACCAUGAGCAUGUCGACGGGGAUGGUGCCACCGUCCGUGCCCAGCGUGCCCAGCGCGGGCCUCAACAACCUGAGCGGGCCCGCGCUCAGCUCGGCCGGCCCCACGUGUCCCUACGGGGGCCCUCCGGCCGCCGCGUACAUGUACAGGGAUACGUGCAACUCGAGCCUGGCCAGCCUGCGUCUCAAGGCGAAGCAGCACUCCGGGUUCGGCUACCCGCCGGGCGUGCAGCCGCCUCCCGCGGCGUUAAGCGCCUGCCAGUACGCCAUGGAGAGGCCCGUCUGAUUUCGCCGUGGGACUUUUAUAUAUAAAUAUAUACAUGUAUACAAGCAUACACACACGUACACGGAGUGCGCACGCAACCUACCCACGAGCACGCACGCACGAAGAGCACGAGAGAAGACAGAAGAACGAGGAGGAUGGAUGGAUGGAGGAUGGAGAAGCGAAGGGACGGUUUGGAGGAAGGCUAAGAUGAAGAGUGGUUGGUUGGUUGGUGGUGGUGAUGGUGGUUGUGGUGGUGGGGGUAGGAGAGAUCACACCCAUGGAUAUCUCCGUGCUGGGAGGGGGGGGGGUCGCGUUAAUUCUUAAAUUCCACCGCCGCUGCGUUUGUGUAUUGGGGGAAGUCGCGCGUGGCGAAUCGGGCGUGACUCGACCAGAGUGAGACUGGAAACUAAACAAACCCGAACUACACACA